CUACAUAGAUAACAAAAUUUGAAUUCGCAGUAAUUUUAAAAUAUGAAUAUGCAUAGGCCGCGCAAUUUGAAAAGAGAAACAACCCAACAUCCCUAUCAUGUUUUGUAGUAUCCUUGACGGAAGGUCAACUCAGUGAACAAUUUGCGUGUCAACUGUACUCGGUUUUUAAGCGAUAUAGUUUGUUCCUCAUUUAAACCGUAGCAGGACUUUGCUACAACUAACUUGGAAUUGUUGUGUAUGGAGUUUAGUUGUUGCCAGGAAAUUUAAUAAUAGCAGUAAAAUUAAAUUAGUGGUUGUCGAAGAAAACCGGUAAAAUGAAAUUCCUUGAAUAUUUGCGGUUGAUGAAAGAAAAAAUUACUUUGAUUAAACCAGGACAAUUAGUUCAUCUUGUAAUAGGUAAUGAAAGUUGUGAUCUUGAUUCCAUGGUGUCAUCAAUGGUCUUGGCAUUUCACUACACUUGUUUGGAGAAAUAUCAAAAUACAAUAGUACUUCCAAUGAUGAACAAAACUGAACAAUUAUUCCCUGUAAAAGUUGAAAAUAUCUACUUAUUAGAUAAGUAUAACAUCUCCAUGGAUUUUCUUAUAUACAGGGAUACAAUCAAUCUUGAGACUAUGCAGCAGGAAUGCAAAAUGACUGUUUCACUGAUUGAUCAUCAUGUACUGCCAGAAGAUCUCAAAUUUUUAAAGAGAUCUGUUGUAGAAGUAAUCGACCAUCGUCCAGUAGAUACUACUGAAGAAUGGUCAGAUAAUGUACACAUAGAUAUACAACUGGUUGGUUCUUGUUGCACUUUAAUAUCUUCACAUAUCAAUAAUCAUUCUGUGUCACAAAUUGCUCUUGAAAUGCUCUAUGACGUGAUAACAUACGAUACAAUUGGAUAUCGCGAGGAUGCCGGAAAAGUAAAACCAAUGGACCUGCAAGUUGCAGAAGUCCUAGAGAAAAAACUCUCCAUUGAUCCGGUGGUAAACCGAUUGCAACGAUUCGAAGAUAUUAACGACGCCCAUAGAAAUAUAUCCAUGUUGACAACGGAACAACUUCUCUAUAAAGAUUUGAAAAUUGUGGGUAAGAUUUAUGUUCCAGGUCUGCCAAUGCUAGCACAGAGAUUUAUACAAAGAACUGACAUAACAGAAGCGCUUGCAAAAUUUAGUCGUGAUAAUAGUGCUGAAGUAAUUAUAAUAAUGGGAUUAGAAGUAGAUGAUGGUCAUGUAUGCCGGGACUUAGCUCUUUAUACGAAGAUGCAAGAGGAAGCCGUCACUAUUGAGUCGAUGUUAGUCACACGUUUUGAGGUGAAUAAGAUCCCCGAUAAAAGUACUGACGAUAUUAAAUACUACACACAGAAUAAUCCAAAGUUAAGUCGGAAACAAUUAAUACCAUUACUGAAAUCGCUAGACGUGGAACAUGUAUAACUUCAGUUCCAGUGUAUAUAUUGUUUUAAAGUAAAUCAAAUUUAAUUAAAAUAACAA